CUAGAAACUCCUCCUCCUUUCCUCCGCGUUUCCUCUCAUUCCCCCACUACCAAUUCGUCCCCCCAUUUGCGUUUUCCACCCCACCUUCCUUCUUUCCCGAGAAACAAACAUCCCCAAUCGCCAUGAAUCCUCAGCAGCAGCCACCAGCGCCGCAGAGCCCUCUGGAUCCCGACAACCCGCAGCUCCCCACCAUCAAGAUCCACCACCCUUCCUCCCCUCGCCACCCCCACCACCACCAUCACCACCACCACUCCGUCGCUCCCACUCCCACCGCCGGCGCCCGCCGCAAGAUCGGCGUCGCUGUCGACCUCUCCGACGAGAGCGCGUACGCCGUCAAGUGGGCCGUCGACCACUACCUCCGCCCCGGCGAUGCCGUUAUUCUCCUCCACGUCAGCCCCACCUCCGUCCUCUUCGGCGCUGAUUGGGGCCCACUCCCCUUGUCCACUCCCACCCACACCCUGAUCCACCCUUUCCGCCCCGGCGGCGGCGACCUGAACGCCGACAGCACCAAUCCCCCGCCGCCGCCCCCGCCCAGCGAUCACGGCAGCGAUUCCGAUAGCUCCUCGCGGGGACAGCCGCUGCAGCCGCGCCAGGGCGAGGAAGACUACGAUGUCUUCACUGCUGCCAAGGCUUCUGAUCUCUCGAAGCCCCUGAAAGACGCCCAAAUCCCCUUCAAGAUCCACAUAGUGAAGGACCAUGACAUGAAGGAGCGGCUGUGCUUGGAGGUGGAGAGGUUGGGACUGAGUUGUGUGAUCAUGGGCAGCAGAGGGUUCGGAGCUGCCAAGCGAGGCAGGGAUGGCAGGCUUGGCAGUGUUAGCGAUUACUGUGUGCAUCACUGCGUUUGCCCCGUUGUGGUGGUCAGGUACCCUGAGGACAAGGAUGAAGCUGAUGGUGAUGCUGGUGUCGAGCCCGUCGUCAAUGUGCAUAUGCACGAGGACGAAGAGGAAGUGCCACAUCGCAAAGGACUUCAGAGCUUCUAG